UCUCCCCAGUCACCUGCUUUUAUCAGGGCUGUGGCCCCCAGGCAGCAGUGCUGAGCGAGCCCCUCUCAUCUCCGAGAAUAAACUCUGAAGCCAGCUGCUGUGUGGACCUGAAUCAUCAGGGAGCCUGUUGGAGGAGGGGCAGUGACUUCUCAGGACAGACAAGCAAGAUAUAUAAGCUCCAGCAAGCUGGACUCUGCUCAGAUCUCUUCCACCAACUGCUGCCUGUCUGAGAAGCACCUUCAAGAGCCAGCGCGCACACAGCACCCACCAUGUCCCAGACUGGUGCCGAGGAAGCCCCCAUCAGGAAGAAGCGCCCCCCUGUGAAGGAGGAGGACCUAAAGGGGGCUCGAGAGAGCCUGACCAAGAACCAGGAGAUCAAGUCCAAGACCUACCAGGUCAUGCGGGAGUGUGAGCAAGCUGGCUCAGCUGCCCCGUCAGUGUUCAGCCGUACCCGCACAGGAACAGAAACAGUCUUUGAGAAGCCAAAAGCCGGACCUGCCAAGAGUGUCUUUGGCUGAGAAGUGCACACCAUGCCCCUUGCCAUCGAACACCUAGACACAGGAGCCUUUCCCAAGAACUCUUUUUUUAAUGACAGAAUACCCCCCCUCCCCUGCUGCCUCUGGAGCUACCACUCUCUCCCAUGGCCCUGACCCUUCAGCCAAGGGCUCUGCACCAGCACCUUGGAAUCACCAAUAAAGAGGAUGCCAAGUGGCUCCAGAA